AUGCAGGUUGAGGUCGACCCUAAGGAGGACACCGAGUGGAACGAUAUUCUGCGCCAACAUGGUAUCAUUCCCGAGAAACCCAAGGACCCGGAGCCUCUCAUUCAAGAGGCUCUAAUCGCCGCACACCACAGGGCGCACGAGAACCGACUCGAGGAUAAAGACCUUGACGAACUGGACGCACUGGAGGAGGAGGAAGAUGAAGAAUUCCUCGCAAGCUAUCGGGACAAACGGCUCGCCGAGCUAUCCCAGCUUCAGAAGACCAGCCUGUACGGCCAAGUGUACCCGCUUCAGAAGGUCGACUAUGCUCGCGAAGUUACCGAAGCAUCGAACAGCGCUUACGUUCUCGUCAACCUUACAUCAAUGGGCGGCAAUGUCGAAUCGCGAGUAUUGACCGAGCUCUGGCGGCAAUUAGCCGUGAAGUUCGGUGACAUCAAGUUCUGUGAAAUUCGCGCCGACAUGUGCAUUGAAGGAUACCCAGAGAAGAACACGCCCACAAUUUUGGUAUACAAGGAUACUGAGAUCCAGAGGCAGCUUAUUACACUGCAGCAGCUGAAGGGUCCUCGGACCAAGGUUGAAGACGUUGAGCGUCUGCUGGUUGACCUUGGUGCCCUGAAGGAAAGCGAUGUCCGCUUGAAGAAGCGUGACGACGAGGACGAUUACAAGAAAGAUGAUGACUUGAACGUUGAAGAUUAUGACGACGACUGGGAUUAA